UUUACAUUUCUUCUUCAAACAAUUCAUUUCCUCCAUCCAUCCAUCCAUCCAUCAUCAUGGCUUGGUUGACAAGAUUUCUCACCGCGAUCUCCUUCUUAGCAAUCGGAGUCAUCUUUUCACCGGAAACCUUCGGAUCAAAUUCCGCAAAGAUCACAACCUUCGUCAAACUCGCACACCUCUUAUGCUUCUCCACCGCUUGGGGCGCAGCCCUCUGGGUCACCUUCAUCGGCGGCAUCAUCAUGUUCAAGAAUCUGCCGAGACAUCAGUUUGGGAAUCUUCAAAGCAAAAUGUUUCCGGCGUACUUUAUGAUGGUCGGCAUAUGUUGUGCGGUGUCGGUGGGGUGUUUUGGGUAUACACAUCCGUGGAAGUCUUCAUCAACUGCUGAGAAGUAUCAGUUAGGGUUUUUGGUGGCUGCUUUUGUGUUUAAUCUCACCAAUCUUUUUGUCUUCACCCCCAUGACCAUUGAGAUGAUGAAGCAAAGGCACAAGGUGGAAAGGGAGGCGAACAUAGGUGAAGAAACCGGGUGGACAAAGAACCAGGAGGUUGCAAAGGUGAACCCGAAGCUAGCCGCAAUGAACAAGAAGUUCGGGAUGAUUCAUGGACUGUCUUCUCUAGCCAAUAUAAUGUCUUUUGGCAGUCUUGCGAUGCAUUCAUGGUACUUAGCUGGCAAAAUUGAUCUCUAGAUCCAUCCUGUUUCAUAUGGCUUGUAUGUUGAUUAUGACCGUAUUGUAUCAUUUUCCUUUACGUAAAAGGAUGAUCAAGCUUAGCUUUGAAUAAUACAAACCACAUGCCAGAUUUCCGCGCA